CGUGCCAGAUAAAAGCUCAAGUCCAUCGACAUUGUUGUAACAGGCGAUUUCGAGCAGCAUGGCAGGAACGAUGGUGAUAGGAAGGUGUGUGCCUCCUUCCACUGAAUGCGAGUCUCGUGUACCGAUCAAUGGGGAUAUCAUCUUGAAAAAAUCAGAUUUAUGGAGUGUGUCGUAUAUAUGUCCAGGACUAGCACUUUGUGGAGCUUUAUCUCUUUACACUGACAAAGAUACCGUAAAUAUGUUAAGGCCUACUUGUCUCAUAAACUGUGCUGGCGAAUUACCCGAUACGCCUCUUCCCGAUACAGUAAAGAAAUACCAUAAGAUUCAAGUAAUUGACAAUCCUCAAACAAACUUGCGACCACAUAUUGAUCAGGUCGUUGAUCUCAUACACCAGGAAUAUUUGAACGGUGGACUAACAGUUGUACAUUGUGCGGCUGGAGUGAGCAGAUCGGCAACCUUUUGCAUAGCGUACUUAAUCAAAUAUCGUGGAAUGGACAUGAACAAAGCGUACCGGCAUGUAGCUAAAUGCAGGCCGUGUAUAAAUCCCAAUCGGGGUUUUAUUGAUCAGCUUAUAAAAUAUGAAGAAAAAUAUGCGGAUGUUUAACAUAUCGUACACAUAACAACAUUCCAUUUUUACUAUUUUAAGAUAGAUUUAUUUUAAGAAUGUUUUUUCUUUGAUUUAAUAAAAAUUUUGUUUAUUGAAACUAUUUACAAUGUUAUGUGUAUACAUAAGUAUAAAAAUAGAACAGAUGUUGCUAUUCA